AUGGUUUGGUUAAUUAUCACUCACUCAACAAUGGAGUUGAGAACAGAAAAGCAAUUUGAUGAGGGUAUUACAGUGGAAGAGUUGAAGAAAAAGUUGUAUCCGAUUGUCGGAACAGAACCUCAAUUUAUGAAUUUACAAUUAUUUUCAAAGGAAGAAGACACAGUACCAACAGUAUCCAGUUUGAGUGACGGAAAGACAUUGUUUGAAUAUGGUAUUCAGAGGGAUAGAAUGAGAAUUCACGUCAUUGAUACUGAUCCUAAUAAUAAGAUUUCAUAUGAGGAUGAGGAAGUUGAAAAAUAUGUGAUUAGUGAGGAAGAUUAUGAUAAAAGAGAUGAUACAUUCAGAAAGUGGAAGAAAAAGAAUAUUGAUCCAUUUGUUUCCAAAACUACAAAGCCACUCUCUGCUGAAGAAGAAAAAUAUAGCUCGCCCUCAAUAAUAGAAGGAAUUGAAAAGGAAAAUAGAUGUGAAUUGAAAGAAUCGAAAAUGAGAGGAACAGUUAAAUUUGUUGGAAAGGUACAAUUUGAUAAAGGUUAUUGGGUGGGAGUUCAAUUGGAUGAACCACUCGGCACCAAUGAUGGUUCUGUCAAUAAGAAGAAAUAUUUCACUUGCCCUCAAAAGCACGGCAUCUUUAUUAGACCAGAUCAUAUCAAUGUGGGAGAUUAUCCAGAAGAAAGUUUUGAUUUUGAAGAAUACUAG